AGAACUUGUCCUUGUCUCUCCUGGUGAAACGCGUCUGCCCACAUCCUCCCCUCUGCAGUUGCACGCUGCACUCCGGGUUGGUAGCUGUUGGCCGCGGGCUGCGGAUGAGGACAGAGGUCCGCGCGAGCACAUUUCUGGCCAGAAAAAACCCGAUCAAACAAAAAAAAAGGGGGACUUUUUGAAGUGAAGUUGAUGUUUCAUUUGGGAGGCACUGCCCUCAACAUGAGGGUCCGUACCUGACGUCGGAUAUUGAACACAAGGCUGCCCGUUGCUACAAGUUCAAUAUCCUUUUUUUUCCUCUUUUUUCGGCGAACAGAUAACUGAGCGCAAUUACGCACGGGCGAAGUACCAUGGCACCGAUUUUGGACCGACGCGCCCCGGCUCUGCUCUUGGUUUGGAGCUACUGCGUACUGGCGGACACCGCGUUCGCGAACUUCACGCUGGAUAACGAGUUCCGCUCCAGUUUCAUCCACCGUCGGCUGAAGAGCCAGGAGCGCAAAGAGAUGCAGCGCGAGAUCCUGUCGAUCCUGGGGCUGCCGCACCGGCCGCACCCCCCCCUCCUCGGGAAGCACAACGCCGCCCCGAUGUUCAUGUUGGACUUGUACAACGCCAUGUCCACGGAGGGGGACGAGGACAGAUACUCCUACCCCUACAAGCCCGUCUUCACCAACCAGGGGCCCCCGAUAGCCAGCGUGCAAGGCAACAACUUCUUGAACGACGCAGACAUGGUCAUGAGCUUUGUCUUGGUGGAGCCCGAAAAGGACUUCCUGCCGGUGCGGCGACAUCACAGAGAGUUCAGAUUCAACCUAUCGCGGAUCCCGGAGGGCGAGGCGGUCACCGCCGCCGAGUUUCGCAUAUAUAAAGACGAACGCUUCGACAACGAGACCUUCCGCAUCAGCAUCUACCAGGUGUUGGAGGAACACACUCACAGGGAAUCCGACCUCUUCCUGCUGGACUCUCGGGUGAUCUGGGCAGCAGAGGAGGGCUGGUUGGUGUUCGACGUGACGGCCACCAGUAACCACUUGGUCCUGAACCCAGGCAGGAACCUGGGUCUACAGCUCACCCUGGAUAGCACGCAUGGAGAGAUCCUCAAUCCCCGCGUGGCGGGGCUGAUCGGUCGCAACGGGCCUCAGAAUAAACAGCCCUUCAUGGUGGCCUUCUUUAAAGCCACCGAGGUGCACCUGCGAAGCAUCCGCUCGGCGCAAGGGGGUUCCAAGCAGCGCAACCCCAACCGCUCCAAAGGGAACAAGAACCAAGAGGCACUGAGGGUGGCCAAUGUCGCAGAAAACAGCAGCACGGACCAGAAGCAGGCCUGCAAGAAGCACGAGCUCUACGUCAGCUUCAGAGACUUGGGGUGGCAGGACUGGAUCAUCGCUCCUGAAGGUUACGCGGCGUACUACUGCGAGGGAGAGUGUGCCUUCCCGCUGAACUCCUACAUGAACGCCACAAACCACGCCAUUGUGCAAACCCUAGUUCAUUUUAUUAACCCGGAGACGGUUCCGAAGCCCUGCUGUGCGCCCACACAGCUCCACGCCAUCUCGGUGCUCUACUUCGACGACAGCUCCAACGUCAUCCUCAAGAAAUACCGCAACAUGGUGGUCAGAGCAUGUGGCUGCCACUAGACUGACACACACACACACACACACACACACACACACACACACACACACAGCCUGCUGUGUGGGAGAGACUCUCGGUACAUGUUUACGGUUGUCCUGAAGUAAACACGAUGUCUGAUGUGUGGCUGAACAGGGAUUUCAAAUCAUUUUUAAACUCCUCACCACAAGUGCACACGCACACGCACACACACGCACACACACACACACGCACACACAUACUCACGUUUGUGCUUUCUACUGUGUAUACAAGACAUUAAAAGCAGUGAUUGUACUGUAUAUUCAUUCACAGUCAACAAUCUUUUGUUUAUUUCAAUAAUUGUUAUUUUAGUUGAU